AUGGCAGCGGCGACCGACACGACUGCCGGUGCCCAGCCAGACAUGUCGAGACGCAAACCCCCUCGUGUCUCGGACCUGCCUCUUUCUUCGUCCAAGCGUGCAUCCAUCGACAGUCUGUUGCACACCUUUAAGAAGAAGGGCCAGUUCGACGACCUGCGCAAGAACACUUUUGCCCAAUUUGAUCACGGUCCAACAAAGGACACUUUAGUCGAAUCAAUCCGCUCCUUCGUAGACGCCGAAAUCGAUCGUGACCCUGUGAAAUACCUCGCCAAGAACCCUCGCCUCGCUGCUCCCCUCCUCGAAGGUGCUGCCGCUCGUGCAGACAUCUAUCCAAAGACCGAAGCCGUCAUUGAUCUUUUCAUCCAAGACUAUCUCCACACUGCCGAACAAGCUCUACGGGACAUCCGCAGGAGCGACAUUGGUGAAGAAGCUGCAAAGCAAGAGGAGGACGCUGGUAACAAACCCGAUUCAGUCUACGCCGAAGCCUCACAACGCCGUCACAAAGAACGUCUCGAACGUCAUGCCGAGGAAAUGAAGGAACAAGCGAAGAAGGAACGUGCUCAGCAGAAGAAGGCCGAGCUCGAGGCUUUGAAACAGCGCGAGCAGGAACUGAAGAAGGAGAAGGAACGUCUGGAGGUUCUGCAGAAGAAACAAUCCGAAAGAGCAGAGUUUCGCAGGAAAGAGGAAGAGAGAAAGAAGGCUCGUAUCAAGGCUCUUGCCGAGGAGCGCGAGAAGAAGGAGAAACUGCUCGAAGAAGAACGCAAGAAAGAAGAGGAAGAGAGAGCCAAACGCAAGAAGAUUCAAGAAGAGGAAGAGGCCAAGCGUCUCGAGCAGGAGGCUAUGCGCAUGCUGCUCGAAGAAGGUCAAGCCAUGGCCUCCAAAUCUGGAGCCAAGAAGAUGGAACGCGAACGUGAACGCAGCGAGAGUCUGGACAGAAGAUAUGCCCGCAGAGAUCGCGACCGCGAUCGUGAUCGAGACCGCCGUUCACCAUCAGCAGACCGCCAUUACCGUCCUGCAGACCGAGACCGCGACAGGCUCAGAGAAAGAGGCUACGACCGCUAUGAGGGUCGACGCGAAUCCACCUUGCGUGAAAUCAGUGCCGAACGCGAGGCAUGGAAAGCGAAACAACUCCGCGACAAGGACCGUCGCAGCAGAUCUCCCUCUCGUGAUCGCCGUCCCGCACGCCGUGAUCGUUCUCGCAGUCCUCUUAACAGGGGCGACCGCUACGUUCCCUCCGAUCGCCAGGAUCGUGACCGUGAUACACGCAGAAGACGCUCUCGUACUCGCUCUCCUAGAGGUCAGGGCGAUCGCUACGUCCCAUCUGACCGUCACACCCGUGAUCGCUCGAGAGACAGAGACAGAGAUCGUGAUCGCGACCGCGAUGUGCGUGACAGGGAUAGGGAAAGAGACAGAGACAGAGAUCGUGAGCGAGAUCGUGACCGCGAGCGUGAGAGAGAAAAGGAGCGCGACAAGGAUCGUGAUAGAGAUCGUGAAAAGGAUCGCGAGCGAGAUAGAGACAGGGACAGAGAAAGAGACCGCGAACGAGAAAGAGAGCGCGAUCGUGACAGAGAUCGUGACCGCCGCCGCAGAGACGACGACAGACCAAAGACCGACCGCUACGUACCCUCUGCGAGCGCUGGUGCCUCACGUCGUGACAGCGAAAAGGCCGGCAGUAAGCGCGAUCGUUCACGCUCAAGAAGCCGCGAUGCCAGGUAG